UUGAAAAACUAUUUGAAAAUUUUAAAGUUUUAGAAAUCUUUAGCAAUUUGUAACAAAAUUGAAAAUUAAAAAUUUUUUGUAAACAUUUUCCCCACAAAAUGACUAAUUGGUCUUCGAGAAAACGUUUUGAUAGUAAUCCUUAUCCGUUGCACAUGAAAAAGAGACGUAAGAAAUUCUAUAGUAAUUCAGACCAUCCAGCGGAAAACAAAGAAAAUUUUAUGAACUUUUUAAAUCUAAAAACAAAUCAAAUGGAUUUAAACUCCCAGUAUUUAUAUGCAGAUUCUUGGUUUAUAAAACAGGCAAACGAGAAACAAGCUAACAGAUUAGAAGGAGGUGGCGUAGGACCAUGUGAGCAACAGGAAGUGUUUUACGAUUGUGAAAGUGAGCUCGAACCUCAAUUGCAAAUAUUUGAGAUUAUUAAUGAAAUAAAAAAUCCCAGAGAAUUUAAAAGUCUACUCAAACAAAUGGCUUAUACUUCGAAUGUCUUGUAUCGUACCUUUCGUCAGGCUUAUAGUAAACUAGGAAAUGUAAUCAGAAUGAAUCCUUUGGAAGUUAUUAACAUCGCAAUACCUCACAAUAAGCAGAAGCAUUUGGAAGAGGAAAGAUAUGAUUCCUUUAAAAAAGUUAAACGCGAAAAGAAAAAGUCAGCAAGUUUAAGGAAAUUUACAGAGGAGCAGCAAGGAUUUGUAUGCUCUAGCUGCCAGGAUAAAGAAAAUAUGUGUGACUUAUGUUUGAAAGCUGUACAGCCGGAAAAUGCUAUAUGUUAUGGCCAAAGUUCCCAGAAAUCUUUGACAGCAAAGACAAUGGAGGAUUUGAAGGAAGUUGACAAACCAGAAGAAAUUUCCAAAGGGAUUAUCAAACAGGAAUGUGAUUUCUCUAACUGGUUUCCGGAAAGUCCUGCUUGUUUAGUGGAGACUAAUGUUUGUAAACAAUAUGAGAAAGAUUUACAACACUUGGACUUUUGUGAAAGGUGUGCAGUGUUAAGAGGUGAAAAGCCUUGUCACUCUAAUGUGCCGGCAGAUGAAGAGGAAAGAGUCUGCGAGAAAUCUUCACAAACUUGUCAGAAAGUAAAAUGCUCAAAACCCUUAAGACAAGUCCAACAACCAGCUAAACAAGUUCUAAAUUUAAAUCCUGUUUGUGUCACCAUACCCUUAAAAUUGCAAAUUGACUCACAAAAUUGUCAAUCACGUUUCAUAGAAACGGAAAUUAUAAUGGAGGCCUCUUCGGGACAACAAAUUAAAUCACAAAAUGUACAGCAACCUAUAAGACAUCUAGUACCAAUAUUUCCGUCUACAAGUGCACCAGUAUACCACCAAACUCCAGCCAUAACUACCCACCAACCUCAGCAGAAAAAUGGCAGUGAUCUCUUUUACUCUUGCAUUUCGAAUUCCGGUAUUAUAAAACCCAAUGAAACGCCCCCACUUGGUGGAGAAACUUCUUUAAAUGAAGUUCUAGAUAUUAUAAAGAAACGCAUGCCAACUGCAGAAGAAUUACCUCCCGCAUUAACUAAAACCAUAGGUACCCGAAUGUCUCAACCAGCCAGUGUUAUAGCCACUACAAUGACCGAGUCAAAAGAUCCUAACAGUAAAGUUGAUUUUACACAAACUGAACAACCAACAGCACCAGUAACUACACAACCAGAUCCGAAAUUAAAAGCUCAAAAACUUAGAGCCGAUCUUUUGGGAGAAGUCAGAGCUGCCCUAGAACAAACUACACCUAUAGCGGCUCUUAAAGCUCUAAUGGAAGGUAAACGUUUUUCAUUACCCACCACCGAUUUAAGGCCAAAAGAAUCCUCUCAAAUGAAAACACCAGCUAGACAUAGUAUGCCCAGUAACUAUGCGGAUCUAGCAACUACAAAUGUACCCCUACAACCUUUACCAGCUCCACCCUUUACAGCCUCUAACAGAAAACCCGCUCUUCCUUCCAAACCCUUAGAAACAACCAAACCCUUCAGCGUAGUAACCGAAACUGUACAAACAGAUGCUUCUGCCAUUAAAGCCUCUGGUCACUAUAAACGUAAUGAAAUGCGCAAUGAAAUCCAAGAGGAAUUGAAAGAACUUUUAGAACCCAAUCCCUCAAAAUCGAAAACAAAAUAUGCAGCCGAAGAAAAGGAUGAAAUUUUACUUGACCUUUAUAAACUCUUUCAUCCUGAUAGCGCUGGACGUUUGCCCAAACAAAUUAGUCGGGAAAAUGCCUUACAAGAUAUAAGCUAUCUUGUUAAACCGGAAACAGUUUCAACGGAUCCCAACUCACCUAAAACCUCCGACUCUCAAGAAAGUAUUAUACAAAGCAUAAAGCAUAUACUGAAUCCUAAAACCCAACAAAAAUCAAAGAAAAAGAAGUAUGACAAAGAGACUAAAGAGAAAAUUUUGGAAGAUCUACAAAUUAUCCUAACACCACGUCAAAAGAAACCGGAAAUUAAUCAGGAGAUACGAACCAGUGUUUUACAUGAUUUACAAUUUAUGUUGGAUACUGGCCGGGAAAGUACUUCGCCUCACAGACCUCCUAGGUUAUCGCAGUUGCAGGCAACUGCUGCAGCUGAUACCGGUCCCAGUUCCUCUCGUGGUCAGGAGUUAAAGCAACAACAAAUGCCACAAAAACCUCCCAAUGAGAUAAGAGAUAGUCUGAUAGCUGAUCUUAGGUAUUUACUGGAUACCACACAUCCUCAUCAACCUAUUCAAAGUAAUACUUUGGAAGAGAAUGUGGCUUCAACGAGACCAGCAGUUAGAAAGCCCCCUGGUGUACCAGCAAAGCCCAAAAAAUCGAAUAGCAUAACAUCUUCCGAGGGUUCAAUGCGCGACAAGGAUAAACAUAAGUAGGUGGAGCCAACUAAAUUGGAUAAAAAA